AUGACAGACACCGUUGCUACAACUCCGGCUCCAGUCGCCGCAUCGCCGGCCGCGAAGAAGUCCCCUGCCAAGAAGAAGCUGUCGGCUUCUAAAGUCAAGAAGACCAAGAAGACCGUUGCGUUGCACCCGACCACCGCCGUGAUGGUCACCUCGGCUAUCAAAGAGCUCAAGGAGAAGAAGGGUUCGUCGUUACCAGCCAUCAAGAAAUACUUGGCCGCCAACUACAAAGUCGAUCCCGCCAAGUUGGCGCCUUUCAUCAGGAAGUUUUUGAAAGCCGCCGUCGCCAACGGUCAAGCCGAAAAAAGCCGUUGUGGCCAAAAAGAAGAAAUCCAUCGUCAAAAAAGUCAAAGCCGCCGGAACACCGAAGAAGAAGAAGCUCGUAACCGCCAAGAAACCCGCGGCGGGCGAACCAGCAGCCAAAAAAGCGAAAAAGGCCGCUGCAACCAAACCCAAGGCGACUACACCGAAGAAGGCCGCAGCCAAGGCGAAGAAGCCGGCCGCUGUCAAGCCCAAUCGAGGAAAACUCCGAUCAAGAAAACCGCAGCUCCAAAAAAGAAGUAG